AGCCAGAAGGAUGGGAGUUUCUCACGCCUCUUCAAUCAGGCAUUUCGCCCAUUGACCACGGAGCUGCACGCGAAGCUGCAGGAGGUGGUGCCGCAGCAGCAGGAGCGCAUUCGUCAGAUCAAGUCGCACUACGGCAACCUGUCCAUGGGCAAGGUCACCGUCAACAUGGCGAUCGGAGGAAUGCGAGGGGUGAAGGGGUUGGUGUGGGAGACUUCCCAGCUCGACCCCGAGCAGGGCAUCAAGUUCCGCGGGUACAGCAUCCCCGAGUGCCAGCACCUGCUACCCAAGGCCGUGAUAGAUGGCGAGCCCAUGCCCGAGGGGCUGCUCUGGCUGCUCCUGACGGGCGAGGUGCCCACCAGAGAGCAGGCGGCCACAGUGACGCAUGAGCUGCACGAGCGAGCCAAGAUGCCGG